UAGAAAAUGAUGAGAAUGAAGAUAACGAGAAUUACGAUCACGGUAGUGAUAAUGAUGAGAAUAAUGAUAAUAUAUAUAAGAAUAAAAUAGAAGAUAUAACAGAAAAUAUUGAUGGGAUGUAUAUGAUCGCAAUGAUGAUAAUGAUACAAAUAAGGACGAAAUAG